UUGUUUUGCCAAAGAAACUGAAGCAUCAACAAUCUUUCUUCCCUCGAUUCAUCACUUAACUGAAUCGAAGAAACGAAGUUCGCUGCAAAUCGGAACCCUAACAAUGGCGUUCGAGAUGCCAUUGGACCAGAUAAAGCAAUUACAGAUCCUCCUCCGCAAAGAGGCCAAUCUCUCAUGGUACCAGCCUGAGGAUGAGGAAAAUCUCACGCUCCCGAAGCUCCCUUCCGUCGCAGAAACCAUAGCGAAGCUCGAUCCUUCGCCACCUUACCUUCGCUGCAAGAAUUGCAAUGGUAAACUCCUACGCGGGUUACAAUCUUCCAUCUGUGUCUUUUGCGGUACGAAUCCCCACAAGGACCUCCCUCCAGAACCUAUCAAAUUCAAAAACACCAUUGGCUAUCGAUGGUUACUCGAAUCCCUUCAACUUGAUGGAUCGGAGAUGGUGACACCAGUGGUGGAUGAAAAUGCAUCAAACUGGGGGAAGAGUGAAUCAAAGGAUGGGAUUCUCCUAUCUGAACUGCUUGAUUUGGAAAUUAGAUGGCCUUCUGAAGCUGAGAGAGCUAUGUCGAGUACAUCAGAGUUUCAUGGCAAAAGUUCUUUGAAUUUGGCUGGAGUUGAUCUUGAUAGUUUUUUUGAUCGAAGGGAAUCUAAUUCUGGGGUGUUAGAACAGAACUUGGCUUUGGGACAACAAGUGAGUGCUGCUUCAGAUAAUACUUUUCAAGCUAAUGAAAAUCUUAGUUUGUUUCAGAAUGUCCAAGCUUCAGAAGUGGCUACAGGGUCUGCUGAAGAUCAGAAUGAUGAUUCCUUUUCUGGUUGGGAUGCCAACUUUAAGUCUGCUGGUUCUGGUCCUGUUCAUGAAGAGUCCAAAUCAGUUGAUCAUUUUAAAGUUGAAUCAGAUACGGUAUCUGGAUCCUGGAAAGAUUCUGUUGUAAAGAAGAAUGAUGACAAUCCUUUGGCAUCCACACAGCGUGAUUGGUUUCAGGAUGAUGGAUGGAGAACUUCCAACUCGGAGAUAAAUAGCCAGACUGGGAAAUCAGAAUCAACCAUGGAUCUUAAUGAUACAAAAGCAGCAGAAAGUGCUAAUGUUUCUACUAGAAAUCUUGACUGGAUGCAAGAUGACCAAUGGCCAGGGAGUGAUAACGAGACAACAAAUGCUGUGGCUACUGAUGAAGCUAACGAUUCGUUUAAUGGUUGGAAUGAUUUUGCUGGCUCAGCUAGCACACAAGAUCCUUCUAGUACUAUUUCCAGUUCAAAAACAACUGGCCAGACAGAAAAUUUUGGAUUUUCUUUGGAUUUUAAUGAUACGAAAACAGAAGGGGGUGCUAAUAACACUUCUAAUAAGGAUUUUGGUUGGAUGCAAGAUGAUCAAUGGCAAAGCAACAAUAACAAGACAACUGAUAACAUCAGUACUCAUGAAGCUGCUGAUUCAUUUGAUGCAUGGAAUGAUUUCACUGGCUCAUCCCAUAUGCAAUAUUCAUCCAGUGGUGUGUCCAACUCUGAGAUUACUGGGCAGACUGGUAAGUUUGAAUUGACCAAGGAUUCUAAUGAUACAAAAACUCUUGAAAGUGCUACUGGUUCAUCUAGAAGUUUUGACUGGAUGCAAGACGACCAAUGGCAGGGGAGUAAUAGCAUGGCAACUGGUUUUGUGACAACUAAUGAGGAAGCUGAUUCAUUUGAUGCAUGGAAUGAUUUUACUGGUUCAGCCAUUUCACAAAAUGCUUCCAGUGGUGUUUCCAACUCUGCUAUUACUGCCGAGACUGGGAAAUCUGAAAUUACUGCUGAUCUUAAUGAUUUGAAAGCUGCAGAAGGUACUAGUGCUUCUUCUCGCAGAAGUUUUGACUGGUUUCAAGAUGACCAAUGGCAAGUUAGCAAUAACAAAACAACUGAUACCAUGACUGCUAAUGAUAUUGCUGAUUCAUUUAAUGAUUGGAAUGGCUUGACUAGCUUGGCCACUACACAAGAUCCUUCCAACAAUGUUUGGAAACAAACAGUAAAUCAGACUUCUGCUGUGAAGACCUCUGAAACAAAUUUACCUAGCACAUCAGACAACUCACAUAAUAUAAAUUUUGGUGGGUUUCCACCACAUGAUUUAUUUUUGGGACAGUUUAGCAGUUCACUGGGUUCUCUUGCAGCAACCAAUGAACAGCCUGCAGCUACUUCUUUAAACAGGGUGGCUGAAGUGGAUAUCAUGAGAGUGAACUCCGGAGAUGUUUCCACUGCCGAAGUAGGGUCAAAAGAUGAUGUAGAGGUUUUGAUGUCACAGAUGCAUGAUCUCUCCUUUAUGCUUGAGAGCAAUCUUUCAAUUCCCCCAAAGUAGGAUGGUACUACGUUAUUUUUCUCUUUAUUAAUUCAUAUCCAGUUACUCAUCACCAAUAGAAUGAUUAAUUUUGUAAUCUGUAGUGUAGGCCCUUCUACUUUCUGGGUAUGUGUGUUCUUUAAUGAAUGGGUGAGGAAUAUGGAUUUCAUUUUUAGUUGUAAUUCCACUCUUCCCUAAAUGAUUGUUUAGGGUACAAUUCCUUAAAUUAGUUUUUGAUUGUAAAUCAAGAAUGUUGGUUAUGUCUUGUUUCUGUAUGCAACUACUGUAAAUUAGCAGGCAGUUUGUUUAUCUUGGAGAGAUUAUAAUUUUGGUGCAGAAGUUAUGUGAUAUAAUGUCUGACUGGAGGGCUGUCUUCAAUUAUGUUGUGCUGAGACUGUUCAUACAUUACUAGAUCCACUGCCUAUUAAUCUGCAGAAAAUUCAU